CAACAAAAAUAGAGAAAAAUCUGAGAACCGAAGAAUUUUCGAAAAAUCGCCUUUUAGAGGGAAACGUAAUACCUUUAUCUGAGUUAAUGUUUCCUUGACAACGUUCUGACUGAAAAUCAAAACAUAGCGUGGAAAGUUGAAAAAAAGUGUUGCGAUUCACUUAAACUCUGUUUUUAAAAGGAAAAUGUCGUUCCGUGACUUAAGAAGUAUUUAAACAAUCUUUUUUACAAUGAAUAUUGUUACGAUAUAGUGUAUACUUUUAUGAUAAUUGCAUUGAAUCUUUUGAUAGAUUUCACGGAAGUAAUGCGGGUCCUUGGUUAUCCGAGGCUAAUUUCUGUUGGAAAUUUUCGACUACCGAAUUUUCCACUGGUUGCCGAAAUUCUUGUUUGGCUGGUCAAAAGAUUUGAUCCAGAUGCGGAUAUACCUAGCGAACACAGUACCGAAGAAGAGCGUAUUUCAUUAAUACGCGCAGUUGCUGAAUUUAUGGCUUUGAAAACAAAUGUCAAAUUAAAUACAAAAAAGUUAUACCAAGCUGAUGGCUACGCUGUGAAAGAAUUGCUAAAAGUAGCUACACUACUGUACGAUGCACAGAAUAAUAGUAAUAAUAACAAUAUAAUGUCCGAUGACAGUUUCAAUACAGUUAGCUUCGACAUUUCCAAUAAAAUAAACGAACUGAAAUCAACGAGACAACUAGCCAGCCAAUUGACUGUUACUGGUGCAUCACUUUUUGACUUGCUCGGGCGAGAAGUUGAUCUCAGAGAGAUUCGUAACUCAAAAGUUGCUAGACAAUUUGACACGACAGAAAUCGAGGCUGCCCUGAAAGAUGUUAUUGAAAAUGUACGUAAAGAAAUUGAAGAUACCAAGAAACAAAUUGAGAGUGUAAAGGACACGGAGCAAAGUUUAGAUACGAGAAUCGAAAGACGACGCGCCGAACUCGACAGAAACCAGAAAAGAUUACAAACAUUAAAAAAAGUGCGUCCAGCUUUCAUGGAGGAAUUUGAGAAACUUGAAGUUGAACUACGAGCUUUGUACGACGAUUAUAUUCAAAAGUUUCGUUACCUUGCGUAUCUUGAACAUCUGUAUGAAGAUGCAGCUAAAGCGGAACAAGAGAGAUUUGAAAGACGGCAAGAAGCAACGCGAAAACAGUUAGAGAAGAUGAGGGCUGAGGAUGCUAACUUUGAGAGCAUGAUGGAAGGAAAUGAUUCUAUAUUACCUACCAAUCUUCAAGAACCUCCACCUCCUCUUGCUAAUAAUAUAGAAAAACAAAAUACCGAGAAGGCAACACCAAGCAGUCGGUUGAAAUCAGCUGGCCGAUCAUCGAGAAUGCAAAUAUCACAGCGUCGUAUUUACGGAAGCAUGUCUGGACGUCAGAGAGGGACUAUUCAAGAAUCAAACGACAGUGGCGGUUCGCUAGAUAGUGACAGUGACUUGUUGAUCGAUGGUGAUCUAGACGACGACGACGACGACGAUAUUCUAGACUCUGUGGGAGGGCCAGAGAUCAGGAAUUUUGAUUUGAAGGUUGGGCAAGAGAAACGAGCCGUUAGUAAGCUAGAUCAUUCGGAUGAGGAUUUUUAACCAUUACAAAAAAACAAUUACAAAAAUUUCAAAAUAUACCGUCCAUGUAAUUAUCGAUCUCUGUACGCAUAUCUUUACAAUAAACUGUAAAUAGACGUAUUAAUAAAAA